GAGGAGCGAAGGCUGAGGCCGGAGGAAGCGGUUCUGGCUUCGGGCUUUUUUAAAUAUUAAUUGUAACGUGCAACAUCUGGGAGCAUGUUCCAUUGCAGCCGGUGAGCGGCUGAAGCAGACAGGGGACCCCUCCUCUCCAUUGUUAUCAGAAGGCACUGACAGCCAUGAGCGGCGGGGUUUAUGGAGGAGACGAGGUGGGAGCUCUGGUCUUUGAUAUCGGUUCCUACACGGUGCGGGCUGGUUAUGCUGGAGAAGACUGCCCUAAGGCUGACUUCCCCACCACCGUGGGACUUCUCAACCAUGAUGAGACAUCACUCGACAUUGACGGGGAGAAGGACACCAAGUCCGGGAAGACUUAUUACAUCGACACCAACUCGCUGCACGUUCCACGGGAGGGCGUGGAGGUCAUCUCGCCUCUGAAGAAUGCAAUGAUCGAGGACUGGGACUGUUUCCAGGCCAUUCUGGACCACACCUACACCAAACACAUCAAGUCAGAGCCCAGCCUGCACCCUGUGCUCAUGUCGGAGGCGCCGUGGAACACCAGGGCCAAGCGGGAGAAGCUGACCGAGCUGAUGUUCGAGCACUACAACAUCCCUGCAUUCUUCCUCUGCAAGACCGCGGUACUUACAGCCUUUGCCAACGGUCGUUCCACAGGACUGGUCCUGGACAGUGGAGCCACGCACACCACCGCCAUCCCCGUCCACGACGGCUACGUCCUCCAGCAAGGCAUAGUGAAGUCACCCCUGGCUGGGGACUUCAUUUCAAUGCAAUGCAGGGAGCUGUUUCAGGAAAUGAACAUGGAGAUCACCCCGCCAUAUACCAUUGCCUCGAAGGAACCGGUCCGGGAGGGAGCCUCUCCAAACUGGAAGAGGAAGGAGAAGAUCUCGCACGUUACCAAGUCCUGGCACAACUACAUGUGUAAUGAGGUUAUCCAGGAUUUCCAGGCCUCUGUACUCCAAGUCUCCGACUCGCCCUAUGACGAACAGGUCGCUGCCCAAAUGCCCACCGUCCACUACGAGAUGCCCAACGGAUACAACUGUGACUACGGUGCCGAGAGGUUACGGAUCCCUGAGGGCCUGUUCGACCCCUCCAACGUCAAGGGUCUGUCGGGCAAUACGAUGCUGGGCGUCAGUCACGUGGUCACCACCAGCAUCGGGAUGUGCGACAUCGACAUCAGGCCGGGUCUGUAUGGCAGUGUGAUCGUGACGGGGGGGAACACUUUACUCCAAGGCUUCACGGACCGGCUCAACAGGGAACUGUCGCAGAAGACGCCUCCUAGCAUGCGACUGAAGCUGAUCGCCAAUAACAGCACGGUGGAGCGCCGUUUCAGCCCCUGGAUCGGGGGCUCCAUCCUCGCCUCGCUGGGAACUUUCCAGCAGAUGUGGAUCUCCAAGCAGGAAUACGAAGAGGGCGGGAAGCAGUGUGUCGAGCGAAAGUGCCCCUGAAGAGCAGGCACCCCUCCCUCCCCAACAUCUGAGGGCAGGGUUGGGGGUGGGGGUGAAGGACACCGGAAUCUACUGGGAAGCUGACCUUUUCCUCUGUCCACCCAGCCCCAUUCUCUCACCUUCCUCCAGCCCCUGUCCACUUCCUCCUCUCCCUCCUCUCCCUUCCCCUUCCAUUCCCCAUACGUGGGAUCUUGACCCAGUGCUGGACUCAGAUUCUGACCAGGCCCAGCCUGCUAGUUUGAGCUAGGUUCAGCCCAAUCACAUUACCACGAAGGGGUACCAUGACCCAGAUCCCCGGAGUCGAGGGGCCUCCAGCCUGCAGCCUUUCAGCUGCCAUUUUGGGGAGGGAUGGGUGGGCGGGAGAGGUCCUUUAUGGCAGAGUGGUCACCCUUCACCCUCACAGGAAGAUGCCAGUGAUGAACGGAGCUGCCCUCACUCUGGAUUACACAGAGUGAGGACAUUUGGUCCAGUGGGUUCCUCCUGGAGUUGACACCCAACGAGAGCCAGCUCCCCACUCUCCCUUUUCCACAUCAGCCCCUUCAGACAUUGACUGUGACCUUGUAGGUGGUGAUGGUCUCGUUGCAGGUCCUGAUCUGGUUGGGGCAGUGGGAGAGUUUGCCUAUCCUUCCUCUCCAGUACCCUGCCCCACCCCAGCCUGACCCACAGCUCAUAGCCUGGCCUCGGCUUUAUCAAUGCUACCCUCCCACCCACCCUUGCCCACUCUCCUAACCAUCCCUUGCCCUGGAAUCCCACCAGGGAAGGUCUCUUCCUUCUGUCCUGUCCAUGCUAUCAGCUGCAAUUGACACCAAGGCCAAGAAAGCUCACCAGCGCCUCUCCUUUUGCCUUACCAAUUUUUAUCAAUGCACCACAGAAAGCAUCCUGUCUGGAUGUACCCUGGCUUGGUAUGGCACCUGCUCAGUAUGUGACCACAGGAAGCUGCAGAGGGUUGUGGACGCAGUUUGGAACAUCACAUCCCCUCCACUGAUUCUGUCUAAACCUCUCACUGCCUCAGUAAAGCAGCCAACACAGUCAAGGACCUCACCUGCCCUGAGCAUUCUCUCUUCCCCCCUCUCCCAUCGGGCAGAAGAUACGAAAGCCUGAAAGUGCGUACCACCGUGCCCAAGGACAGCUUGUAGGGCUGUUGAACGGAACUUGGGCACAAUACAAUGGAGGGUCUCAGCCCACAGUGAGGUCUGUUUAUUUCCAGGGCCCCCAGCAUUUUGUAUAUGUCGCUACAAAUUUCCGGCAUCUCGUGUCUACAAUAAGAUGGACUCUUGGCUUCACAAUUUAUCUUGGCGUGGCCCUUGCACCUUGUUGUCAGCCUGCACUGCACUCUCUCUGUAACACUACAUUCUGUUAAUGCUUUCCCCCGUACCACCUCAGUGCACUGAUGUGAUGAAAUGACUGCACGCAAAUCAGUUGUUCACUGUGCGUCAGUACUUGUGACCAUAAUAAACCAAUCACCAGUUUGAGCACCUAGCAGGUUUCGGGGAUAGGUGUGGGAGGAGCUUUGACGGGAGGGGGAAAUGGCCUGCUCUUUGCCCAUUCUCUCAACACAGCCCACCCUGGGCGGGACUCAGUAGAUCGCAGGCUGACUCCAGGGUUCACUGGAGGCCACAGGCAAACUGCCGAGGAAUCACUGCCUGAUUUGGCCAUCUUCCCCCGAUUUGGGAAGAACAACAGACGAUCCUGUUCAAGGAGCCAGGGAGAUGUGGCAUGGCAGAAUAAAUGAGAUUGGAGGCCAGCACGGAGUGGAUGGGCCAAAGGGCCUGCUUUGGUGAUUGGUCUGUUUCCUCCUGAGCCAGGUUUCUGCCCAGUGAUUUCCCAGAGCGCUUCCUUGCCCAGUUAGAUCAUCCAUGUUGUGGAACCAUUAGCAUUACCUCCCCUCCCCGUAUAUCAAAGAGGAGGGGGGGCGGGGUUGAUGGCACACUCCCUAGUUCAGGGGAAUGGUGAAUGAGACCCCAACCUUUGCUGGGCAAUAGCGGCAAUGAGAGGGAGGGAGGGAAUUGGAACCUGUUUAUUGUCGUCACACGUACAUCAAAUCAGUGAAAUAAGUCCUUGGCGUCAAAUCCAAUCAGUGAGGAUUGUACCUGGCAGCCCACAAGUGUCGCCACACUUCCAGUGCCUACAUAGCGUGCCUGCAACUCGCUGACCCCAACCUGUACAUGUUUGGAACAUGGGAGGAAGUUGGAGUACUCUCCCCCCCACCACCAAAAAAAUGUGGUAACGGAAAUUCUGUAUAAACUCUUUAUAGACCGUGCCGGGAAUUGAACCCUGAUCGGUGAAUCGCCAGUGAUGUAAACGAUUGUGCUAAGCGGUAUGCCACCCGAAUAGAUCGUUCCAUACAUAACACUUCAAGGAAAGAAAAGAUUAACGGAAUGGGGCAAAUGUUUGUGUUAGUUCAAUGUCGGUCUAUGACCUCCUAUUGCGCCAAGAGGAGGCCAUUCUCAGGGUGAAGGAGCAAUACCUUAUCUUCCGUCUGGGUAAUAUCCAACUUGGUGGCAUAAAUAUCGACCUCCUCUUGGUAAAAAAAAUCUCCCUCCCCCCCCUUCCAUUCCUCACUGUGGCCUUUUACCUCUUCUAACCUGCCUAUCUCUUCCCCCGGUGUCCCUCCUCCUCUUUCCCCUGUAGUGCACUCUGCCCUUCUAUCAGAUUCCUGCCUCUCCAGCCCUUUACCUUUCCUACACAGCGGGCUUCACCUAUCACCCUCCAGCUAUCCUCCUUCCCCUCCCCUACCUUUUUAUUCUGGUGUCUGCCCCAUCCUUUUCCAGUCCUGAAGAAGGGUCUUGGCCCGAAACGUCGACUGUUCAUUCAUUUCCGUAGAUGCUGCCUGACCUGCUGGGUUCCUCCAGCAUUUUGUGUGUGUUGCGUCGAAUAGCGCUGCAGUUACAGAGAAAGUGCGGCGCAGGGCUCACGAUAAGGGUUUUUUUAAAAGGCCACGACGAGGUCGAUCAAGGGUACAUCUUUAGGGUUUCUAGAGGGCAUACAUUGAAGGUGAGAGGGGAUGUGAGGUAGAAGUUUUUCACUCAGAGAGGGGUAGAUGCCAGGAAUGUGCUGCCUGGUAUGGUGGGAGAGGCAAAUACAUUAGAGACUUUUAAGAGACAUUUGGAUAGGCACAUGGAUGUGAGGAAGAUGGAGGAAUAUGGACAUGGUGUACCGAGGAGGUAUUAGUGUUUGGGAGUUUUUGGUUUGCUUUUUAGCUGGUACAACACAACAUUGUGGGCAGAAUGGCCUGUUUCUGUGCUGCCCUCUUCUAUGCACCAGAGAUCCACUCAAGAGUCUGAUAUCAGUGGGGUAGGAUCUGUCCUUGAGCCUGGCGGUACGUGCUCUCC